CCUUUAAGGCGCCCGACAGGGGCGGGGCCACGAUGACUCCUUUAACGCGCGGCCCGCGUCCGCCGGCAGAAAAGCGGCUUAAAGGUGACGCGUGGCGCGAUGGCGGCGGCCCCACGGGCGUGCCGGCAGCGCGGGCGGCCGCUCCCGGCGCUGCUGCUGCUCUUGCUGCUGGUGCCACCGCCCCCGGGGGGCCCGCCGGGCGCCGCCGCCUACUUCCCGGAGGAGCGCUGGAGCCCGGAGUCGCCGCUGCAGGCGCCGCGCGUGCUCAUCGCGCUGCUGGCGCGGAACGCGGCCCACGCGCUGCCCGCCACACUGGGCGCGCUCGAGCGGCUGCAGCACCCCCGGGAGCGCACGGCGCUGUGGGUGGCCACGGACCACAACUCAGACAACACGUCAGCCGUGCUGCGGGAGUGGCUGGUGGCCGUGAAGAGUUUAUACCAUUCUGUGGAGUGGCGGCCGGCAGAGGAGCCCAGGUCCUACCCGGAUGAGGAGGGCCCCAAACACUGGUCUGACUUGCGUUAUGAGCACGUCAUGAAGUUGCGCCAGGCAGCCCUGAAAUCAGCUCGGGACAUGUGGGCUGAUUAUAUCCUGUUUGUGGACGCGGACAACCUGAUCCUGAACCCUGACACACUGAGCCUGCUCAUUGCUGAGAACAAAACGGUGGCUGCCCCCAUGCUGGACUCCCGGGCUGCAUACUCCAACUUCUGGUGUGGAAUGACUUCCCAGGGCUACUAUAGGCGCACACCUGCCUACAUCCCCAUCCGCAAGCGGGACCGCCGGGGCUGCUUCGCGGUCCCCAUGGUGCACUCAACCUUCCUGAUCGACCUGCGAAAGGCGGCGUCCAGGAACCUAGCCUUCUACCCACCCCACCCUGAUUACACCUGGUCCUUUGAUGACAUCAUCGUCUUUGCCUUCUCCUGCAAGCAAGCAGAGGUGCAGAUGUACGUGUGCAACAAGGAGGUGUAUGGCUUCCUGCCGGUGCCACUGCGGUCCCACAGCGCCCUCCAGGAUGAGGCCGAGAGCUUCAUGCAUGUGCAGCUGGAGGUCAUGGUGAAGCACCCGCCAGUGGAGCCCUCCCGGUUCAUCUCGGCGCCCACCAAGACGCCGGACAAGAUGGGCUUCGAUGAGGUGUUCAUGAUCAACCUGAAGCGGCGGCAGGACCGGCGGGCGCGCAUGCUGCGCGCGCUGAAGGAGCAGGAGAUCGAGUGUCUGCUGGUGGAGGCGGUGGACGGCAAAGCCAUGAACACCAGCCAGGUGGAGGCGCUGGGCAUACAGAUGCUGCCUGGCUACCGGGACCCCUACCAUGGCCGGCCCCUCACCAAGGGCGAGCUAGGCUGCUUCCUCAGCCACUACAACAUCUGGAAGGAGGUGGUGUACCGGGGGCUGCAGAAGUCGCUUGUGUUUGAGGACGACCUGCGUUUUGAGAUCUUCUUCAAGAGGCGCUUGAUGAACCUCAUGCGGGAUGUGGAGCGAGAGGGCCUGGACUGGGACCUCAUCUACGUGGGCCGGAAGCGGAUGCAGGUGGAGCACCCUGAGAAGGCCGUGCCCCGCGUGAGGAACCUGGUGGAGGCCGACUACUCCUACUGGACCCUGGCCUACGUGAUCUCCCUGCAAGGCGCCCACAAGCUGCUGGCCGCCAGGCCGCUCGCCAAGAUGCUGCCUGUAGAUGAGUUCCUGCCCGUCAUGUUCGACAAGCACCCAGUGUCCGAGUACAAGGCCCACUUCUCCCUCCGCAACCUGCGCGCCUUCUCCGUGGAGCCCCUGCUUGUCUACCCGACACACUACACGGGGGACGAUGGGUACGUGAGUGACACAGAGACCUCGGUCGUAUGGAACAACGAGCACGUCAAGACUGACUGGGACCGUGCCAAGUCCCAGAAGAUGCGGGAGCAACAGGCACUGAGCCGUGAGGCCAAGAACUCAGAUGUGCUCCAGUCCCCACUGGACAGCGCUGCCCGUGACGAACUCUGAGGGGCAACAGUCAAAAAGCCAAAGCAGCCAUUGCUGGCCCACCCUCUACAUGCUCACUGGGGACAGCAGGGCCACCUGUGGACCCCUGGGCAGGCCAUGGAGGGCUCUCCAUACAGGGUAGUGUCCAGCCCGCUCUUGCUCAGCAAUUGUGUGCACAUAGGCAGCAUUAAUGGAGUGCCUACUGCAUACCAGGAACAGGGCUUGGCCCUGGGGGAUUGGGAGGGACCGAGACCUCUUCAUUCAUGUUCAUGAGCCCAAUGCUUAUUAAGCACCUGCUGUGCAUCAGGUUCCUAUGUCAUGACAGUGAAUGAGGUAUAAUUAUACUGUCCGUCAGUGGUUGAUUUAGUUAUCAAGCAUUUAUUGAUCAGAUUAAGCAUCAGGCACUAGUCAUUCAAAUAUUUAUUGAGUGCCUACUGUGUGUUGGGCACUAUCCAGGUUCUGGGAAUAUUAAAUAAGAUACCUACAUUCAUUUAUUCAAACACAUAUCAAACACCUGCUGUGUGCCUGGCACUUGUGACAGAAAAAUUCUUGAUUCGGUGCACUUAUUGAGUGCCUGCUGUGUGUAGGGAGGUGAGCUGGGUGCUGGGGAUGGAGGUAAAUAAGGUGCCUCUCACUCUUUGUUUUUUUCCCCACAUUUCUCAAGAGCCAGGCACGAGUGAGCCAAAGCAGCAUGACUGUUGUUGAGUGCGCAUUUCUGAUCAUCCACUGUAUGCGGGAGCGCCUGUCAGGUGCUGGGGCACAGAGAUGAACAAUAUGAGUCUCUUCAAAUUUUUUCAUGCCACGAGCAUUUUAUUGAGUACCUACUGUGUGCCAGGCCUCCCAAGUCCCGGUUGGGUUGAAGAAUGGUCAAUUUAAGUUUUGUUCCUCCGUGUCCCCCACUUACCUGACCUGUGUACAGACAACAGCCUCCUACCACCCAGGAGGGAGGGCUCUUCCCGCACCAGGGGCAGGCGUGGGUCCUGGUGGCCACAUGGCUACAGGCAAGCCCCCCUGGAGGGGGCACAGGAGGUGGGGGCUGGGUCUCCCUCACCCACCCUGGUUCGAUUCACUGGACCUCCCUGCCCUUAUGUCUCAGGUGUGAUCUCUGCCUGGUUGAUGAAGUUCCUCUGUUCAAGUCUUUGGCGGGAUCGUGUGUUUGGGGGCCUUGCAGGGCCUCAGCUGCACUGGGGCACUGCCCAAGCCCGGGCAGGACGUCUCCCAGCAAGGGCUGGAGGACUUGCUCUGCCUCCAGCCUGAAUUGAAUGUCACAGCCAGCGGUGCUUUGCCUGUUGGGGAUACUUGCUUAUUUUUUUAUUAAACGUUCCUGGUUUUCACUGAA